GUUAUUAAUAUAAGGUUCUUUCAACUCUUGCGUGAAUGUGUAUGUGUGUAUGCGUGUGAUUGUUUUUUGAUGGCUCCCUGAUGCAACAAAUACUAAUAUUUCCUAACAAAACGACUGAUAGUGUUUCACUGAACGACACGUAGAAAACCGUUGACUGAGAGCUUUUUCUUAUGUGUUCCUUCCAGUCUUGCGUGAACGCAUGAGAAUAUAAAUAUCUGUUUGUGAGAAGAGAGAGUUUCUAUAGUUAUCGCUUGUCUAUGAAAGAAAAUCUCUACCAAAAUAUUAAGAAUAGUAACGUAAAUAUAUUGUUAAACGCUAGUUCCGUGUUGAACUGGAGACAAUAAUAAUGCUUCUUUACGCGUGCACAUAUUCUCUUCAAAGUAAGCUUGAGAAGGAGAGAAACCCUUUACAUUUGAUCUCCUUUUUUUAUGAGUGUACAUCAACCAAAUACAAUCUAGGAUUUUUUUAAUAUUUUUUAGAAAGUAGAGGGUAAUUACUAACUUGAUAUUUCUUAAACGAUAAAAAUAAGCAAACUGGUAUAGUACAAAAAGAUUAACACAAAUGGAUCUCGACUUACCACCGCCAAAACCAGUGCGUAUUCGCUUCUGUGGGCGACCAGCCAUCACAACCGGUGUAGUUAAUCUUCAGAUUCUAUUUGGCAAAUCUAAUUAUUACCUUGUACAACAGGUAGAGGAAUCUAGUAUUUUACUUGACGAUACACAAAGCCUUGAACAUAUCCCACAAAACAAAGUCCCCGAAGGUGAUUCUUCCUGUUUUUUUGUGUUGUGUUCCCAGGAAGGACUCCCUACUGGAUCUUUUUAUGUAGAAGAUGGCAAAGACUACUGGAUAGCAAAUGGAACCAGUCAUAGAUCAAAGAUCAUGCAAGCGCCGACAUCGGAAGUUCCACAAGAAGAGAGCGAAAUAGUGCAGAAAAAUCCGAAUUAUGAAGGAGAAACAUUUCAUUAUUCCGAAAACAAUCCUACAUUAGAUUAUGUCGAAAGCGAAAAGGCUUCUAUAAAACGUUCUAAUAAAAAAACACGUUUGGAAACGUUCGAGUCCAUCCCUUUCAUGUCUAAAGAACUCAGUGGUGGUGAAUCUUUACCUGUAGAGCCUCACACACAUAAUCAUGAUAAAAAACAUCAUGACAAAAAAAGACACAAACAUAGGCCGGACUCUUCCAUUCACGAUGUUGAGAAGGCUGAUUUGGUAGACUCUUCCUCAAUUCUCGAUCAGCCUUUGUGGGAGAAGUUAUUGCCAGAAUUAUCCCAGUCGAACGAUAAGCCGAAUAAUCUAAUAGAAAACACUUCACAUUUGCCGUCAUGCCUCGCUGCUGACAUCUCUGAAGUGCCGAAAAUGAAGGAGGAUGAUGCUUAUUCUUCUUCACUGCAUGAAGACCAUGAACUGAAUUUGGAAAGAAGGGAGGAACAGGUAUAG